GGUUAGAAAGCUUGUGGCUGCGAAUAUGCUCAACCGACUGUCAUUGGCUGCUUUGGAGUAGGCAGUGCUAUGCAUAGCAAUUCAUUGAUAUAGCCUACAGCUGGUAAGUAGUGUUUGCCAUACGAAGUGAGAGGGCUUGGAAAGUGAACGAAAGCUUAAUGUAGGGUCUCUAAAGGAGGGAUACCGUGGUUGUUUUAUUGUUUUUAAAACAACGGUAUAGACCAAAGAUACAAUAUUUGACUGCCAAAAUGCGUUGCUAUGUUACUCGUCCGGAUUCGGUGGUAAUGGAAGUGGAAGUUGAUGCAAAGGCGAAUGGGGAGGACUGUCUGAAUAAGGUGUGCAGAAAGUUGGGAAUCAUAGAGGUGGACUACUUUGGCUUGCAAUUCUCCGGAAAUAAAGGAGAGAACCUGUGGCUCAACCUGAGGAACAGAAUUUGUCAGCAGAUGGACAAUCUGACUCCCUGUCGACUAAGGCUCAGAGUAAAAUUCUUUGUGGAACCACAUCUCAUUCUCCAGGAACAGACGAGGCAUGUGUUCUUCAUGCACGUCAAGGAGGAUCUUCAUAAUGGCCACCUGAGGAUGUGCUCGGAACAGGCCGAGGAGCUGAGCGCCCUGCUGGCCCAGGCAGAGUUCGGCGACUACAACCAAAACACCGCCAAGUAUUGGUAUUCGGAGCUGUGUGGGAGCGAACCCUGCCCGGCCACAGUGAACAGUAUCAUCUCUAAGCACAAGGCUCUGGAGGGUCAGGGCCCGAGCUCUGUGGAGUACCAGGCCCUGCAGCUGGUGUCCAAUCUGGAGCACUACGGUGUUGAGUGGCACUGGGCCCGGGACUCAGAGGGACAGAGGCUGGCCAUAGGAGUGGGUCCCGAGGGCAUCGCUGUCUGCAAGGAGGACUUCAGCCUGGUCAACAGGAUCAGCUAUCCCAUAAUUCAAAUAGCCACCCAGUCAGGAAAAAGUGUGUACCUGACCGUGACCAAGGAGACCAGCGACAGUGUGGUUCUGCUAUUCAAGCUGAUCAGCAACCGGGCUGCCAGCGGACUUUACCGGGCAAUCACAGAGACGCAUGCUUUCUACAGGUGCGACACCGUGACCAACGCGGUGAUGAUGCAGUACAGCCGGGACUUCAAGGGCCACCUGGCCUCCCUGUUCCUCAACGAGAACGUCAACUUGGGCAAGAAGUACGUCUUCGACAUCCGGCGCACCUCCAAGGAGGUCUACGACUACGCCCGCCGGGCGCUCUACAACGCCGGCAUCGUGGAUCUGGUGGCGCGGGCGGCCGGGGCGGGCGGCGCGGGCACGCCGUCGUUCCGAAGUCCUCUAAGGGGCCCAGGGGAGGGGCUUGGGGAGGACUGCGGGAGCUGCCAGCAGAGCAGGGCGCUGCAGGAGAGGUUACAGAAGCUGAGGGAGGCCUUGCUGUGUAUGCUGUGCUGUGAGGAGGAGAUCGACGCUGCCUUCUGCCCCUGUGGUCACAUGGUCUGCUGUCAGUCUUGCGCCAACCAACUACAGUCGUGUCCGGUGUGUCGGUCGGAGGUGGAACAUGUGCAGCACGUCUACCUGCCCACCUGCGCCAGCCUGCUGGACCUCAGCAUCACCAACACCUCCCACAACGACCACCACAACAGCAGCCCCGGCCCCAUCCGCCGGGCCGUGGGGGGGCUGGCGCACACCUGCCGCACCAAGGAGUACUCCGACCACCAGCACGACGCCAACAAGAUGUACCAGACCGAGACGUAAAGCCCGCUGCCCCCCUCCACUGCCAUCCGGAGGGCUCCUUGGCCUCCUUUUAGGGCCCUUAACAGUAGUGAUGCUACAUGGGGACUACGAUGUCUCUCCGCCGGUUCUGUUGGGCUGCGUGACACUCCUGACGGGUCGUUCCUCCACUCCCGCCCUCAAUUGAGGUUUUUAAACCAAUGACGGACUAGAUUUUCACCCUUCAUUUAUUGUUUUAGGUUUAUUGUGUAUUAUUGUUAUUAUUAUUGUUGUUAAUAUUUUUGUAUUAAUUUAAUUGCAUCAGUUGACCUGAUCGUCGUUAGCGCCUCCAGUUGAUUUAUUUGCUCGUUUCGAGUUUUGUUGUUGUUUUGGCUUCGUAGCGGCCUACAGGAGGUGAAUUCUCUACCAGGCUCGUUACCUGCCAUGUUUGUACAAUACAAGGACAAUGUGUUUUAGGAGGAUAGUAGGAGUCCUCGUCAUCAUUCGGCAUGAUUGUUUUUAUGGUUUGUGUCUUUUUAAGCUUUGAAAGUUUUAUGGAUUCAUGGAGUGAAGUAAAUGUUUAGCUUUGUUCCAUGGGUUUUCCAUGGAAGCAGUAUGACACUUGAGUACCACGGUGAGUUUCUGAUCACUGAGUGUCUGUCCCAAAUUACUGCUCAAUCCCAAUGUAGUGCAUUACUUUAUACCUGUUAUGUACUUCUCUUCACUAUGUAGGGAAUAGGAUGGCAUUUUGGAUGUAGGGGCCUGCUUGAUUAAAAAAAGCCUGGUAUUAUUCUAUUGAUGUGUAGAUUGGCACCAGGGCACUGGAACUGAACCAGAACACCAAGAGGGGAAGAGAAAUGGAUGAAUGACACUGGCCUAGUCCUUUCCCAAUGGGUCGUAUAAAGUAACUGUUGUAAUAAAAGACUUGAUUCUCACAGAACUCUCAAAGCUCCAUCCAUUUAAGAUUCGUUCCCAGACCUACAGAACCUUCAGAAUGAGGCCCCAAAAAUAAGAUUCUUCUUUGUGUUGUUUUAUUAUAUGUUCUCUGUGAUUAUUUAUUAGUAGGGCUCUAGCCUGGUGCAUAUCUAUUUGUGCUGUCACUAAUGCAGACCGUAACAUAUGGCUAUACAGCGCCAACAGCUCGGAGACCAGGUUAUAUGUUCAGCCUCCACUUGUUUAGUCUGACCAGUGUUUAUUUUUUUUAAUGCUUCCCCAAAACCUCAGUACUUCUGUUCUUUAACUAUUGCGCUCCUUAUGGUUUCAUUACUAGGGGAUACUAGUUGAUCUGUCAGUGCAAUACUAGCUGCUUUCUUUUUGUUUUGUUUUUACAGUGGAAGAACAGAAACAGAAGGGGGGGGGGGAUAAUUCACAGGAAAAUGUUGAUCUACUCUGUCACUUUACCAAUGAAGCUUCCUAAGUGUAUUAUCUAUAGGGGUUUGCCUUAAUGUAGCAACACGCUCAUAUCCUAAGUGGCUCCCUGGGUCCUCUAUAGUGCACUCCUUUCACCUGAACAGGUGGUCGGGGACCAUUUGGGACUUGCCCACAGUGUGUGUUGGUAUGCAUUCUUUCUUUGCACAGGCUUGAUUUUUUUUGAACGAUGAUGGGAAAAAGAGGAAUUUUUUUCUUUAUUGCUGGCACCAUUUAGUAGUUACAGCAGGGUAUUGCUGAUUUGCUCUUUUUUUUUUUUUCAA